CAUGGACUGUGAGAAUGGCACUGACAUUGUGGAGUUUGUCCUUCUUGGUCUCUCCUCACAACUUGAACAACAGUCUCUCUUCUUCGUCUUCUUUCUGCUGAUGUAUGGGGCAGGCCUCCUGGGCAACAUCAUGAUGUUCAUUCUCAUCACCGUGGAAACCCGGCUUCAAACCCCCAUGUACUUCCUGUUGCGGAGCCUUUCCGUGGUGGAUGUGGGCUUCCUCACAGUCACGGUACCUCAGAUGCUGGUCCACCUCAUGUCCUCUUCCAAGACAAUCCCUUUCUAUUCCUGUAUGGCUCAGUUCUUCUUCUUCUAUGUGUUUGGCGUCACAGACAUUUUCAUGGUGAGCGUUAUGGCUCUGGAUCGCUAUGUCGCCAUUUGCAACCCGCUUCACUAUGCUAUGGUGAUGAACCGGAAGGUCUGUGGAUGCUUGGUGGCUGGGUGCUGGAUCACUUCUACCCUCCACUCCAUGCUGCAUGCUGACCUCCUCCUGCGCCUCAGUUAUUGUGGGGACAACCACCUGCCCCACUACUUCUGUGACCAUCAGCCCUUACUCCAGCUCUCCUCCUCAGACACCAGCAUCAAUGAAGGGGUCAUCUUCUUCGAGGGCAUUCCUGUCAUCCUGGGGCCCUUUGCCUUCAUCAUCAUCACCUACCUCCGCAUUGUGGCAGCUGUGAUGAAGUUCUCCGCCUCAGGAAGGCGCAAGGCGUUCUCCACGUGUAGCUCUCAUCUUACCAUGGUGGUGCUCUUCUAUGGUGCAAUCAUUGGGGUCUACUUCCUACCCACAUCCAGCUAUUCUUCCCAACGAGGGACCAUUUUUGCCCUCAUGUACACUAUCAUCACCCCAAUGUCCAACCCCUACAUCUACAGCCUCAGGAAUAAAGAGGUCCAAAAAGCCCUGAGGAAUCUCUUGGGUAGGAUAUCAUUUUCUCACUAAUAAUUGUGAGAUGUUAGUCCCUGCACAUCCCUGAUCCGAUGCUUCAUAAGUGA